AAUGGAUUACAAAAACGACAUCCACUCCGAUGAUGACUUUGAUAGUUACAGCGAUAACUAUCAGCAAUCGAAUUCUGGUCAAACAUCACAACAACAAUUUAAUACCUCGCAGGGGCGUCUGGCCAACCCUGCCGGACUCUCAAAGGCUGAAUUGAGAAAGACCAACAAACCAAUUAUGGAAAAACGCAGACGUGCCCGCAUCAAUCAUUGCCUAAAUGAAUUGAAAUCGUUGAUUUUGGAAGCCAUGAAGAAAGACCCUGCACGUCACACCAAAUUGGAAAAAGCCGAUAUCUUGGAAAUGACAGUCAAACAUUUGCAAUCGGUACAACGCCAACAAUUGAGCAUGGCCCUGCAAACCGAUCCCACUGUGAUCCAUAAAUUCAAAACUGGCUUUGCCGAAUGUGCCGAUGAGGUCAAUCGUUAUGUCAGCCAAUUGGAUGGAGUUGAUGAGACAGUGCGCCAAAGAUUGAACAGUCAUUUGAAUCAAUGUGCUUCGAGUUUGGAUCAAAUCGGUGCCAUGACCAAUUUCAAUAAUGGCUACCAACGUAAUGGCGGCCAUGCCAAUCUCUUUGGAUCCAAUAGCCUACCUCUACCAAUGGGCAACAAUGCCGGUACCAGUCUAUUCCCCAGUUUGAGUCAAGAUUUCAAUACCACCCAACCCAUACAAAUGGGUGGUGUACAAUUGAUCCCAUCACGUCUGCCCUCUGGAGAAUUUGCCUUGAUCAUGCCCAAUACGGGAAACAACAAUCAAGCUGCCUCCUUGAAUGUCAACACCAAUUCCAACAGUGGUUUCCCAGCCUGGCCAUCACAACCCGCCAGCCAGUCCACAUCUCCCCAGAUCAAUGACUUUGCUGCCAAUUUCAAGCGCUUGAGUGCAUUCUCCAAGCCUCCCAGCACCUUGAUUACACCACCCAAGGUGAAUCCCAGCAAUAUGUAUCCUCAAACCCAUCUGACUGCCAACACCACCACUAGCUAUCAACCCCAGCAACAACAGCAGCCAGCUUUCCACAAUACCACCAGUCCACCUCUGAGCCCAAUUUCUUCAGUAUCUAGUCACAAUGAAGAUUCCAUGAUGCAUAACAGUUCAGAUUUCACCACCUCUCGUUCUGUAUCGGAAAAACAUAAUAGCUUUUUGGGUGUGUUCAAUACCCCACCCUCUUCGGCGGAGAACUCCUUUGUCCUGAGUGUUGCCCAUUUGCAGCAGCAACAGGUUUCCUCCAGCACAAGUGAUUUGAACACAAGCUCGGGGUCUUCAGGCAAUAGCUCCUUGAAGCGUUCCUUCUCUGAGGCUGCUGAUUCCAGCAUUUGCUCUGAAGAUGAACAAUCGGCGAAAAAAUAUCACAAAGAACCACAAAUGGAGGGUGAAGAUCAGGACAGUAUGUGGAGACCUUGGUAA